AUGAGACAGUUCCUUGUUCUUGUUCUCUUUAUUAGCACAUCGAGAGCUGGUUUGUUUAUUUUUCACCAAAAAAAUGACUCGAUGUGUUACAAAAUGUGGAAAAAGUCCUGAAAAUGAUAAAAGCCUUUCAGCUUUGGAGUGCUACUUUCCUUUUUUGGAAGCUGGCAGCACGUGCGGGGCGGAUUCAGACUGUGCUUCUGCAGGAUAUUGUAUUCAAAGCGUUUUGAGUAAUCAAAGAAUCUGCUGCAAUCCGAAAGCCGGUACCACUUCUCCGCGUAAGAUUUUCUUCGUUUCAAAGAAAAUCUUCGAAUCAGAAUGUCCGCCGGGGAUGACGACGGGAGGUCUUCCGAUUCUUUGUGAUGGGAGCAGUUCGGACGCGUGUCCUUCCUCGCAUCAGUGUGUCCCAAGCCAAGUUGCUUUUACUAAGGUUCUUAUUCAGUGUUUUCUGAAACAUUAGUUCAUUUUUGAGGAAGCAAAACUUUACUGAAAAGUUUUGUAAUCAAGAUUGACCAGAGUCAGAAUAUUCAAAGAAAAAACUCUGAAUAUCAUCUUCGAAAUCACUUGGGUCCCUUCGACUAACAAUUUGCUGUCGGGAAUAUAGUCUGUGCGCCAAGACUUGGAAUUUCAACGAACGACAUUCCGCUGUUCCGGUGCGUCGCGAAGCGUCUUUGCGAACCUCGGCCUCACUUUGAAUUGGUUCUUAUUUCUGAUAGAUGGACUGUUCCACUAGGAUCACGUUUUGGUCCAGUUCUUAAAUAAAAUGAAAAAUUAAAGACGCGCAAAGACACGCAGCGGAACAGCGGAAUAUCGUUCGGUGAAAUUCAAAGUCGUGGUACACAGACUGUGAUGAAAAUAAUUCCUUCUAAGAAGAUAUUAAUUUCGGCUUUCGCCACUUUUUUUUCAAUAAAACCUAAAUUUUUUCAACUUCAUAAUUUUUAAUAUCAAUAACAUUUUUUUUCCAAAACGAGUUGAACAUUAACACCGUUUAUUUUAUCAAAUUCAUGUCCUUCAUUUUUUUUUUCCAAUUCGCUUUUCAGAUUUCCCAAUCACCCUCCUUCGUUUGCUGCAAAUAA